CGCGACUUUGUAUGGGCGCGGAGAAAAAUGAAAACAAUUAAAAACAGAAGCACUUUCGAGUAGCUGGUGAUAGCUAUCUGAUAUCCAGUAGCCGUUUAUGAUGUAAGAUGUCUGACCAUCCUGGGAGUGACCAGGACAGUUUGUCCAGCUGGACACUUGUUACUGAUCAGGGUUUAGUAGAGAGUGAUAGUAGCAGUUCUAGUGACUUUGUGAAGGUAGACCAACAAAUAGUUUCAUACCACAAACGUCGUGAUGAUACAGACUCUGAUGUAGACAGUUUAGACAAUGAAGAUGACAGAACUGAAGGAUGUGAUGUGCAGAAUGAGAUAACACCAGGUUUAGGCACCCCAGAAGUAAAUGAUUCAGAUGAAAGCAAACAAGAUGACAAUAAAUCAGAAACCGAGACACAUGACCCAAUUGUGUCCCGUGAGGCAUCCCAGGGGGCUGUCUCAGCUCCAAUAUUGCCAGAAACUGACACACUAGAGUUGGUCCCAAAUGCAGCUUGCUCUGAGCCAGUCCCACAAGAAGUGGUCAGAGAUCUUGCACCCCCUGCUUCUGCCUCACAGGACUUCAAAACACCCCCUGAAAAUGCUUCACAGGCAGAUCUGUUACCCCCAGAGAGAGACUCAGUGGGAUCUGGCUUUGAGUUGUUGUUUCCAAUAAAAGAUCAUGCUGUGGAAGAAAGUGAGCAAGCUAGAGGCAAUGUAGAAGAUGAAAAACAUGUUGCAGAGUUUGCUGAAGAUAUACUGCACCGACCUCACAGUAGCAAAGAAGCAGAUGCUGUCAUUGAACUUCUAAAGGUGAAAUUGAUGAUGGCAUCUGAAGGUUCAGGCAGAGCACACAGUUCCUCAUGUGCCACAGACUCCGAUGCCUCCGACUUUGUCCGUAUUGAUCCAGCAACAGCAGCUGUGGAAGAUCAGCAACAACAACAAAUGCAUACCAGCAGUUCCAGUGUCGCUUCUAACUUCAGUUUCUUUAAUCCGCGUUGGUGGGAGGCAGUUGAAAGAAGAGAAGUGAGACAUCAAGAUGAAGAGUUUGAACCCCUUCCUGGUGUGGAUGAUCGCUGUGAAUCUGAUAUCUCAGCUUCAGAGGGCUCUGAUGUAAGUGCUAUGGAUAUUGUUCCUGUCGCCAAUGCUAACAUCAUCAGACAGUAUCGCCAUCGGCCCAAUAAUGACCUGAAUUCAAUCUUGAACUUGGUGAUGCUAGCAGUUGUUACAGCUGCAGUUGGAUUAGGCAUAGGGCAUUCUAUUGGUUCUGCAAGAGAAUCUUACCUCCAAAACCAACUGAGAGAAAACCAGGUAGAGAGGAUGAAGGACUUACAGGAUGACCUGCUUGGUUGUUGGAACAAAAAUGAAGCUUUGGAUGAUCAUAUUGCUGAACUUACUUCAGACAACAGCAUGAUGAAGGAAGAGACAGAACUGUGGAAGACCAAGUACAGGGACACCCUGGUCAACAUAGAUGACCUGCAAGACCAAAUUAGGGACUUAGAAAGUGCCAGAAAACAGCAUGAAAAAAGACUGAGAGAAGAAAAGAAAACAUGGAGAACUGAAUUUAAAGAAUUAACAACUGACAAAUUGGAGUUACAAAGGCAGGUACAGGAAGCUGACCAAACCAAGCAGCAGCUGAUGAUAUUGGAUGAAGAAAACCAGAUGCUUAAAGCUGAAUUUAAAGACUUGCAGAAGAAACUACAGACAACUGUGGAAGAGUUUGACUCUUUUAAGCAGCAGUCUGUGUCUGAUGCACAACAGAAGGCUUACCUGGAGAAAAUUGCAACUCUGCAAGCAAAGAUGCAAGAGCUGGAAACCAACCAGAAGGCAAGCCAGGAAGAAUACGAAUUACUUGAAGUGCGUUACGAGUCUACAUUACAAGAACUUGAGUAUCGUCAGUCAAUAGAUAGGAUUAAAGACCAAAAUUUGGAAGAUUACCAGACUGAGAUUGGUACUUUGACAACUAAGCUUGAUAGUCUGGAGAAAAACCAGAAGGCCACGAAAUCAGAAUAUGCAUCAUUGAUGAGUAAAUACCUAGCCAGUAAUGACGAAGCUCAGCAUUUGAAAGAGGCUGAGAGCCAGGCAAGCAGUCUCCUUGAAAGUUAUCAGAGUCAGAUUACCACCCUUGCAGAAAAGUUACACGAUCUUGAAGUCAAACAGAAAGAAAAGGAAGACACCAUGGACACAAAGUUCCAGUAUGAACUAGAGCCUCUCAAGAAUAGAAUUAACAUCCUCCAAACUGAAAAUGAAGGAUUGAAAAUGCAGCUAGGCAGGCUUAGGUAUACAUACCAUCCUGCUAAUGGAGAAUCUAGUACUGACCCGGAAACAGUCUCCAAUGAAGAAGAAAUGCAGGAAACAACUGGAGAUCAUCUGAUGGAAAACUUGAGGACAAAACUUGAUGAAAUUAAGGCCAAGCAAUUUGCAGCAAAAAGUCGUGCAGCCAUGUGGCGCGAGUUCUACAUUCAAGAGAAGCAGUUAAGAGAGAAGUUACAGCAGGAUGUUGUCCAUGAUGGUGAUAACAACAACAACAACAACAGCACCGGUAACACUGCUGGUUUAUUCACAUGCAUCAGCAUCCUUAUGUCUCAUUUAAGGGUCAACUGGUCCGAUCCAGUUGUCAAGAACUUGACCAGUGCAUUUGGUGAAAAAUUAUACAUGCUCCAAAACAUCAGUUCUAAAAGUGUCCAGGAUGCCUGGGCUCAGAUAGACAGUUUCACAGAAUCACAAGAGUUCCAGGAAUAUGUGAAAGCUGCAAAAACCACUUUUGAAGAUGCCAAGGACACUUUAAAACAGAAAUUUGAGGAGCUUAAUCUUUAUGUUAGAUCAGAUGAAUUUUCGUCUUUAGUGAAUGGAACGAAAGAUUCAAUUAACGAUUUCACUGAAAGUUUCAAGAAAAAGGUAUCUAAUCUAAUGGACUCUGUUACCUUGCGUACCUAUGUUAACAAGUCCAAGGACACAGUGGCAAGUGUCACAGAGAGGUUACACAGUACAUGGGAGCGGCUGCGAAACAUGUCAAGCCAGCUUGUACAGAAUCACCAGUCUACAUAUAAUGAAGUCAAAACAAGUGUUCAGGACAGUGUGAAAAGAGUCGCUGACACAGUAAAUAAAUAUUGGGAAGGGAGACACACCAGAAAGGAAAAGGAGAAAAAUAGCAGGGAAAAAGAUAAAAAGAAAAAGGAAAAGAAGAAAAGCCAUCAUGUUAAACAUAAAGAAUCUAGACCACCGAGAAAAUUGAAAGGAGAUGAUAGGAAGCUAGACAAAUAUAAGAAAAGAAAAGAAAAUAGAGUUAAAUUACAUAAGAAAAGAAAAGGACAUGGAGGAAAACUACACAAAAAUGGUGACCAUGAUAAAAUUCAUCAACCACACUGCCGUGGUAAGCACUGCCGUAAGAUGCAUCAGCAGAAAUUUAGACCAAGAGAACGAAAAAUUCAGAAGCAUAUGGAAAAAAUUCAAGGGACUAUCAGGAAGUUGAAUAACAAGAAAAUAAGGCAAAUGGGAAAAGAUGGUGCAAAGGAUAUUUUGAAAAAGUUGGAAAAUUUGCAGGAACAUUUUCAAGAGCAUCAUGGGGCAGAGAAAAGGUCCUGGUUAACUUGUCAGUUGCACUGGUGGAAAGGUUAUAUUAGGAAAAAAUUAAAUAAAGAAACAAUUGCUGGUUGUGAAAGCAUCUUGUACAAGUGGCAAACCCAUUACAACUGCAAAAAAGGGUCUUGNUUAAACCAUACUGUGGUAUGGGCAGCAGCUGGUGUGAAGAGAAGUGGGAAGAUGAUUGGGAUGUGUGGUGGGGAUAACUGGCCAAAGACUUCUCUUGUAUGUGAAAAAAUUAAGUCAUUCGAGUUGCAUCUGAUUAUUUGCAAAUCUGAAAAAAAUAUUGGUUUCAAGGUUUCAUUUUUAUCAGUGUAAUUAAACAUAAUUUGUUUCAACUUUCCUUGACUCAUUUAUUUUGAAAUUCUGUUGAAGACGUGUCAGAUAAAAGCAAUACAGAGUCACCUUCAUGUUCUCUGCUGCCAUUUUUUAUUGGUAAAUAAAUAACUUCAUUCAAAAAGGGGAAAACAUUGUGUAUAAAAGUGAAAUGGUCAGCUGGUUUAAUAUGAAAGAAAGUUGUCAGUAGCUUAGUGGCAUGUAUGAACAUGAAUUCUACAAUACCAUUAUAAUACUGUGUGGGGGAGGGGGCAGUUUGGCAAUAUUUGCACUGUGUGGUCAUUUUAUGAAAGUUUAAGUGAAAGAAUUUGGUCACACAACAGCUUGUUUUAAUGUUGCAUUUGAACAUGCAGAAAUGUCAACAGAUAUGCUAAAAGUUUUAAUAGCUUUGCUGUAUGUACUGAUAUGUACUGUUUAUGUUUUAUUAAUCACAAACCAGGUCAGGAUUUGAUUAACUGAGCCAACUAAGAUUUUUUCAUUAAGUGAUUAUAUGACACGUUGAAGGUAACUGGUAAAAUAGAAACCCACGUAUGUUUACCCCUAGUUUGUUGUGUCAUAUGACCUUA